AUGAAGUGUUUCAUGUUCUCUAGUGGGGACAAGAAAGAAGAACAAAGGACCCCUCAGGCGGUUUCAUUGACCUCUAACUUCUCUGACCGCGACAUAAACCGAAGCGGGUCAGAUUUUAACUCUCGGGAUGUCUCUGGGACAAGCACGGAAUCAUCCAUGGGGAGGAAGAGCUCGUACCCUACUAUGUCCACUCGAGCAAGUAAUCUCAGAGAGUUCAGCGUUACUGAUCUCAAGUCUGCAACAAAGAACUUUAGCCGAUCUGUUAUGAUUGGAGAAGGCGGUUUCGGUUGUGUCUACAGGGGAACAGUGAGGAACUUAGACGAUCCGUCAAUUAAAAUCGAAGUCGCGGUUAAGCAGCUUGGUAAAAGAGGGUUGCAGGCAAGUAUCUUUUUCCAGUCUUGUUCGCAAGAUUUGUCAGGGCAUAAGGAGUGGGUUACGGAAGUGAACUUUCUUGGGGUGGUUGAGCAUCCAAACUUGGUGAAAUUGCUUGGUUAUUGUGCCGAAGAUGAUGAACGUGGGAUCCAACGGCUUUUGGUUUAUGAAUACAUGCCUAACCGAAGCGUUGAAUCCCACUUAUCCCCUCGGUCACUCACAGUCCUUACUUGGGACCUCAGAUUGAGAAUCGCCCAAGAUGCAGCUCGCGGCUUAACAUACCUGCACGAAGAAAUGGAAUUUCAGAUCAUAUUCCGCGAUUUCAAGUCCUCGAACAUUCUUUUGGAUGAGGACUGGAAAGCAAAGCUCUCGGAUUUUGGUCUAGCUCGUUUAGGUCCAUCUGAAGGACUAACCCAUGUUUCUACUGAUGUUGUAGGUACAAUGGGUUAUGCAGCACCUGAAUACAUUCAAACUGGACGUCUCACAGCGAAAAGCGAUGUGUGGGGUUUUGGAGUGUUCAUCUAUGAGCUCAUCACAGGGAGGCGACCUGUAGACAGAAACAAACCCAAGGGGGAGCAGAAGCUUCUAGACUGGGUGAGACCUUAUCUAUCAGACACAAGGAAGUUCAAACUCAUACUAGACCCGAGGCUGGAAGGGAACUAUCCGAUCAAAUCGGUUCAAAAGCUAGCAGUUGUGGCCAACAGAUGUUUGGUUAGGAACUCAAAGGCACGUCCUAAGAUGAGUGAAGUGUUAGAGAUGGUGAACAAAAUUGUGGACGCUUCUUCAGGGAGCGGUACUAGUCCACAGCUAAUUCCACAGAAGAGUCUACAAGCUUCUAGAGACGCGGGAGGGAAGAACAAGAGGGUUUUGGAGACGAGAAACAAUGGUGGCGUCAACGAAGGAGGUUGGUUUGGAAAGUUAUGGAACCCAAAGACAAUAAGAGCUUGUUGA